UUGUUUUCUCCACCGAGAAAAGAUAGGAUAAUAUCAGGAGGAUACUGUAUUGCUGACACAGACAGAUUGUGGUAAAUGGAAGCUAAAGUCUGAAAAACACGACGACUCCCCAGUUAGGCAGUUACCAAUCUCCCUUCUUCCCAACUUCAUCUGUCUUUUUGCCUUUUAAAUUGGUUUGCUUUGGUUUAGACUUUUUGUUGUCAUCUUGGUUAACGUUGUACCUGUAUCACCCCCCCCCCCCCUCUCUCUCUCUCUCGUUAUGUUUUGCCCGGUCUCUGUGACCGUUGUGUUGCUAAUCUUGCUCAAGGCCUCUUUCAUGGUUCUUCAUUUCUUCUUUGCCUCCUCUGUUUCUCUCAUCUUCCUUGCGUCCGCAUGUCAAACUCUCUGAAACAAUGGUUGAACAUCAUCUACGUGGUCUUUGCCUUCUGCUCUGCACUCUUUCUGGGAGCUCUCAAAGGUAUAUUAGUGGGUCCGGUUGCUGGAUUAGUGGUGAUAAUUGGGAAUGUUGGGGUAAUCCUGGGGCUCUUCCCUGCUCAUGUUGCCUGGACCAUCUAUACCCUUAUUAAGACCAAUCGGUUGGAUGCACCCCUUAAAGUCGCUUUGCUGUUUGCUAUGCCUGCUCUGUUUGCCAUUUGGUUGGGUCUCGGAAUUGUUGGAAGCGUUCUUGUAGGAGUGGGUUAUGGGUUCUUCACUCCAUGGGUAUCGGCUUUCGAGGCCUUCAGAAAAGACACUGAAUGUAGGAAGUUUGUGCAUUGCAUUGUGGAUGGAACCUGGGGAACCAUUAAAGGGAGCUGCACUGUGGUCCGAGAUUUUGCAGACAUAUGCUACCAUUCCUACCCAAUCUACUUAAAGGAGUUAUGUGAAAGCUCUGAGUGUUCAGAUGAACCUCAAACUCUGAGGUUGGUGCACAUGCCUGCUUGUAUCAUUGCAGGGCUGCUAGGACUAAUUGUGGAUAUUCCUCUUUACACUGUCAUUGCAAUAGUGAAGAGUCCAUACAUGCUUUUCAAGGGCUGGUACCGGUUGUUACAUGAUGUAGUAAGCCGAGAAGGUCCAUUUUUAGAAACUGCUUGUAUCCCAAUUGCUGGUUUCACAAUCCUUCUAUGGCCAAUUUUUGUCAUUGGGAGCAUCUUGUUAGCUAUUUUCUCCAGCUUCUUCAUUGGGUUGUAUGGCGCUGUUAUAGUAUACCAGGUGACCCGACUUUCAGAUUUUUAUUCAACUCUCACAAACUUUCUUCCAAAAAUAACUGAAGAUUCAGUUUUCACAUUGAGGCAGGAAAAAUCUUUCCAGAGAGGUGUAGCUUAUGUAAUUGCCAUGGUGGCAGAAUUUGAUGAAUACACAAAUGACUGGCUCUAUCUGAGAGAAGGGUCUAUCCUACCAAAGCCCCAGUAUAGAAGGAAGAGGGUCUCUCACUCAGCAGAAUUUUCCAUUAGAGGAAAUCAAGCAGCAGGAGGCAAAUUUAGCUCUGCUUCUGUUGAAGCACCUGCAAUGCGCAUGCCAAGUUUGGCCCCAUCAAGAUCCGUUAGAGAGGCAAUACAGGAAGUGAAAAUGGUGCAGAUAUGGGGAAACAUGAUGAAGUCUUGCGAGUUAAGAGGCAAGGAGCUCAUAGAUGCAAAUAUCAUAACAACAGCUGACCUCAACGAAUGGUCCAAGGCAAAGUGUAGCAGUGAAGCAACCAUAGUUGGUGUUGGUUUGCCUUCUUACUCAUUCUUGCAUAGUCUGCUUUACUCCAUUAAAGCUGGAUCAGAUGGUUUGUUGCUUCUUGAUGGAAUUGAAGUCACCCAUCUGAACCGACCACAAGACCGGUUAUUAGACUGGUUUUUCCAUCCUAUAAUGGUUUUAAAGGAGCAAAUAAAAGUCAUAAAUAUGGGAGAAUGCGAAAUGAGAUUUCUGGAGAAGAUUGUCCUCUUUGGUGGUGAUACCCAGCGCAUGAAGGCUUGGGAGCAUGGCUCCACAGUUCCCCAAGAUGCUCUCAGAGCUGCUCAAAUUCAGGGAAUUGGCAGAAGGCUAAUAGGAAUGACAAGGUGUAUAUCAAAGUUUCCAACUUACAGAAGGAGAUUUUGCCAAGUUGUGAAGGCUUUAAUCUUAUAUUCCAUUGAGGAGGAGGGUUCAACAAGAUUGAGUUCGAUCAGAUCAGUUACUUCCAUUGAAAUUGUAUAGGGUGAAGGUUAAGUUCAGUCUUUUCUAUUCAUGUUUGUGCUAAUUCUUGUUUUUUGCUUACUGGAUAGGAUGAUAGAAUUGAGGAGAUAGAUAGAGAGAGAGACAGAGAGACCUCCAAUUCCUCAAGCAUGCUUAUAAUUCUGGUUUAGCCUCACUUUGGAAUUGACACAACUCUAUAUAUCAUGUAGAGGACCAAACACAUAAAGGAAGCAAAACUGCAUUUGAUGAUUGGGACAAGUCAGUAACUGUUGUAAAUAUAUGUUAUAAAUAAACUUUCUUUGUUAUUUAGGAUGUAAAUCGGUUAAUAACAAGUAGACAUUGUGAAGAACAGUUUGUAUCAAGUGUAUACAGAAGUAAGGGGUGAAAAACUAUGAAUUGUUAGUUUUCCAAGAACAUCUACUGGUAGUAUCAGAAUAUCAAGUAGAAAGCAUCAAAGCAUGUUAAUGUGAACACUGGAAAGGCAAUUGCAGAAAUUACUAAUAAGAACUAAAAGGCCCUAGGGUCAAGUUUUGAAUCUUA